UUUUUAGACAGAGUAUUAAAGUCCUCUCAAGAUGUGACAGCUGUGUAUGUUUGUGAGUGUUUCUGUUGGCAGUGACUCGACAACGGGUUUUAUUUCUUUCCAUUUGCCUUCUUUGUUUCUAUGGUCUUUUUUAUCUUCCCUGAAGAGUCCAUCAUGGCAGGUGAUAUGAUGUUGCUAAUGCGAGGCCUGGCUAAGCUGAGCCAGGCAGUCGUAGAGGCUCAGACCAACGCCCUCCGCAGUGGGACAGCCCCAGGAAUAGGCGCUGCUGUCCAAAGUGUCCAAUCAGCUGCGGAACAAGGCAUCUCAGCAGCCAUGGUAAAAAUCCAGGAAAUGUCCGGCCAGCAGCAAAGCUAUUCCUCAGAGUCCGACUUCGACUUUCCUCCCGAUGACAGCGCAUUCAACGCUUCAGAGUUCAGGGAUGAAGGUGCAGACUUCACAGUGGAUCACUCAGGAAGCAGCAAUGACGCAGCAACAGGGGCGAAGCAUGCCAGUGGGGAACACUCAGUAUUUGAAGGAUACAAAGACCCCAGCAAACAGUUCAGUGGGCACACCAGAUCCUACCACCAAGAUGUGAGACUUCUUAGUGGACGUCAGCUCUACAACCACAGAAUGAACAAACAUGUGUGGAGGCAGCUUUACUUUCAGCAUCCUGUCAGUCAGUUCAGGAGCUACCAUCAGGACCCAUCCACGAUGGGGGGAUUGACGGCCGAAGACAUCGAGAAAGCUCGAGAGAGCAAGGGGACUGAUGGAAAACCACAUAAACAGAUGCUGAGUGAGAGAGCCAGAGAGAGGAAAGUGCCCGUGACCCGGAUCAGCAGAUUGGCCAACUUUGGAGGUCUGGCUGUAGGUUUGGGUAUUGGAGCUCUAGCAGAAUUCGCCAAGAAGAGCAUCAGACAAAACGGCGCAGAAGGUGAAAACAGGAAAUCAGUUCUGGACUCGAGCCCUUUCCUGUCCGAGGCCAACGCUGAGCGCAUUGUCAGAACUCUGUGCAAAGUCAGAGGAGCUGCAUUAAAGUUGGGACAGAUGCUCAGCAUUCAAGAUGACGCUUUCAUCAAUCCUCAUCUUGCCAAGAUUUUUGAGCGUGUGAGACAGAGUGCUGACUUCAUGCCAAUCAAACAAAUGACAAAAGCACUGAAUAGCGAUUUGGGCCCAAACUGGAGGGACAAGCUGGAAAUGUUUGAGGAACGCCCUUUUGCGGCAGCGUCCAUCGGGCAGGUUCACCUUGCACGGAUGAAGGAUGGCAGGGAGGUGGCCAUGAAAAUACAGUAUCCUGGUGUGGCUCAGAGUAUCAACAGUGAUGUCAACAAUUUGAUGACGGUGCUGAAUAUGAGCAAUGCCCUGCCUGAAGGUCUGUUUCCAGAGCACCUGAUAGAUGUCAUGAGAAAAGAGCUAGCCCUGGAGUGUGACUAUAUUAGAGAAGCCCAGUGUGCAAGGAAGUUCAGGGAGCUGUUAAAGGACCAUCCGUUCUUCUACGUACCAGAGGUGAUAGACGAGCUGAGCAGCCGCCAUGUUCUCACUACUGAACUCGUUCCUGGAUUUCCCCUGGACAAAGCCGAGAGCCUCUCUCAGGAGCUGAAGAACGAGAUCUGCCUCAACAUCUUGACUCUGUGUGUCAGAGAGCUGUUCGAGUUCAGGUACAUGCAGACCGACCCAAACUGGUCCAACUUCUUCUAUGAUCCACAGGCGCACAGGGUGGCGCUGUUGGACUUUGGAGCCACGAGAGGAUUUGAUCAAUGUUUCACUGAUGUCUACAUAGAGAUAAUCCGUUCAGCUGCCAUGGGCAACAGGGAGGGAGUACUAAAGAAAUCUAUCGAGAUGAAGUUCCUGACCGGUUACGAGUCCAAGGCAAUGGUGAAUGCCCACGUGGAUGCAGUGAUGAUCCUCGGCGAGGCUUUUGCCUCCUCGGAGCCCUUCGACUUCGGUUCCCAGUCGACCACCGAGAGGAUCCACAACCUCAUCCCCGUGAUGCUCAAACACCGGCUCACCCCGCCCCCCGAGGAGACGUACUCGCUCCACCGUAAGAUGGGCGGCUCGUUCCUCAUCUGCUCCCGGUUGAAUGCUCAGCUGCAGUGCAGGGAGAUGUUCGAAAUGUCGUAUCAGAAGUACUGGGAAGGCCGCACGCCACCGUCUGACUCGGCAUAAAACCAAUCAGUGUUUGGAAUUAUGAUGGACUGGAUGGGGGGGAAGGGGGCCAACAGAAAAGUGCCCAUAGAUACCAAAACGGAGGAAAGAAACUGUCGUCGAGCGCCAGCGUGUUGGGCAUCCAAUGAAAAGACCCGCAUACAUAUCAACACCCAUCAUUUUUGGUUCGAAAGAGGGAGCAGCAACAUGGUGUGCGUGUUGCGUUUAAGGCCAGAAGAAAAAAAGCUGUAAGAGACAAGAGUGAAGGAGAGAAGCAGCCUUGUUUUAGGUGUAAACUGAGUGUAAAAAGGUUGAAUUUGCAUCUCUUGAUGAUUUCACGAUGAUUCUUGCAUCUUAUGUUGCUGUGUUUUGUUGAGCUUUGAGAUAAACUGUAAAGUUUGCUCUUUACCGUAAAUGUCACAACAUUGCAUUGCGUUAACUAAGCUUUCAUUUUAGGCCAGAAUAACAAUGCAGGUAUUUCUGCUUCUUUUUUU